CACAGCGGUGAAAGGCCAUUCACCUGCUCUGAGUGUGGGAAGGGGUUUAGUGAUUCAUGCUCCCUGCUGACUCACCAGCGAGUUCACAGUGGGGAGAAGCCGUUCACCUGCUCUGACUGUGGGAAGGGAUUCACUCAGUUACCCCACCUGCAGAUACACCAGCGAGUUCACACUUGGGAGAGACCAUUCAUCUGCUCUGAGUGUGGGAAGAGAUUCACUCAGUCAUCCCACCUGCUGAGGGACAGGCGAGUUCACACUGGGGAGAGGCCGUUCACCUGCUCUGAGUGUGGAAAGAGAUUCACUGAUUUAUCCGCCCUACGGAUGCAUCGGCGAGUUCACACCAGUGAGAGAACCUUCACCUGCUCUGAGUGUGGGAAGGGAUUCACUCAGUUAUCCCACCUGCAGAGACACCAGCGAGUUCACACCAGGGAGAGACCAUUCACCUGUUCUGAGUGUGGAAAGGGAUUUAGUGAUUCAUCCUCCUUGCUGACUCACCAGCGAGUUCACACUGGCGAGGAGAGACCAUUCACCUCUUCUGACUGUGGGAAGGGAUUCACUCAGUUAUCCCACCUGCAGAGACACCCGCGAGUUCACACCGGGGUGAGGCCAUUCACCUGCUCUGACUGUGGGAAGGGAUUCACUCAGUUAUCCCACCUGCAGAGACUCCAGCGAGUUCACAUCGGAAAGAAGCCGUUCACCUGCUCCAAG